GGAUUGAUGGUGAACACAGUGAGACCAUUUUAAACCAAUCGGAAGGGCAGAUGUAAAACAUAUUCCCGCCAUUAUUUCGUAUAACACAAGGAAGAUUGUGUUUACUACCAGAAGCUCCUCCUCCUUCUGCGUUGGAACACGGAACAAUUGGAACAUCUGUCAAACUGGGGCUACCCGAUUGGUCCUCGGGUCGGAAGAAUUUGCUUCUGUCAGGUAAAGAGGGUGAACAAGAUAUGGAAUAAAUACCCUCGUCAGACUAACAACCGUCACUGGUAUUUGCCUAGUAAUCUCAGAUUUACUCCAAGUCUCAGAAUGCCCCCCAAGGUUAGCGGAAAAGCUGCGAAGAAGGCCGGCAAGGCCCAGAAGAACAUCGCCAAGGGCGACAAGAAGAAGAAGCGCAAGAGGAAGGAGAGCUACGCCAUUUACAUCUACAAAGUCUUGAAGCAGGUCCACCCCGACACUGGCAUCUCCUCCAAAGCCAUGACCAUCAUGAACAGCUUCGUCAACGACAUUUUCGAGCGCAUCGCUGGAGAAUCGUCCCGUCUUGCCCACUACAACAAGCGUUCGACCAUCACCAGCCGGGAAAUCCAGACGGCCGUCCGUCUGCUCUUGCCCGGUGAGUUGGCCAAGCACGCCGUGUCUGAAGGCACCAAGGCAGUCACCAAGUACACCAGCACCAAGUAGAUUGUUCCUCUUGGUCUCUCUACAAACCAAACGGCCCUUUUCAGGGCCACCAAAAUAUUCAA